AUGAGUGGUGGAAUUCUUGAGGUGGUGCAGACCAAUGGAGUUCGGAUGGGUGCAAAGCAGAUUCUGGGCUUUCUGCCCUGGAGCGCCAGCGUGAGCUUGGACAAGGCGUGCCAGCGGCAGACGGAGUUCGCGGCGCCCAUCCAGUACUCCAUUCCGACCCGCAAGUGGAAUCACUAUCGGCCGCUGCGACAGCGACCAUCAGCACUCUCGGACUUUGCGCCCCUCAUCCCUGGAGAUGCCCGGACCUACAACUACACAGAGGAGGCGGAGUACCUCAAGAUGUACGCCAGCUCCCUGUACUGCAUCACCAGGAAGAAGGGUGGGUGGGAUUGCCUCCGGCACUACGAGAUUCUGCUGGCAGGUUGCGUGCCCUACUUUCUUGACAUCGAACUUCUGCCAAGCCUCACCAUGGUCCACUUCCCGCGUCAGAUCAUCCAGGUGUUGAUGAAGCUGCCGGGCGUACCCUCGCAGGAGGCAGUGAAGAAGGAGCUGCUUCUUGGGCGCCGGCCACGUCUGGGUGAGAACUUCCCCAGGGAUCGGUACAUGGAGCUGCGGGGCCGCAUGCUGAAGUACGUGGAACACUUCACGCUCAGCUCCCACAGGGCCAGCGAGCUCAUCCCCGACGGCGGUUUCGGCGCAGUGCUGGUCCACUCGAAGUCCACCGAAUCGAAGCCGGUGGACUAUCUGCGGGAGCUGCUGGUGGUAGGGCUCCUGGAGCUCCGCGUCCGCGUCCAGGUGAACUUCAACAUCAGCCACAUCUUCGCGGACUUCGACGUCACUCGCCAGGCCUUGGUCUGGAAGGAGUCCUACGGCCGGGGCUUUCUCUACGAGCGCGCGCUGCCUGCGGAGGCCAAGCGCUUGGUCUCCUUCUACCAAAACGAGCCAAAGGAGCCUGUGAUCUACAUCAAGACAACCUACAACAACCAGCAGUAUCCUGUGGAGAAUCUGCUUCGCCGCAGUCCGGACCUCCACGUGGACGGCAACGACCUCUGGGCGCCCCACCCAGAGCCCGGCGCAAGCCGCGGCCGGUGGCUGCGCCGAGAGCUCACGGACUGCCGGCAGCUGACACGACCCGCGCAGCUGCUGUUGGCCACCCUGGACUCAGGUGAUCUCUGGAACUGCCAGCGUGCGCCCACCAGCCAUUUGUGCCCCGACCUGCACGGGGCGGCACUGCUGUGGCUUGACGCGCUGCGGCUGCUGCCGGAGCUUGGAGUACAUCAAAGGGGAUGGAGGAACGAGGAGAAACACCAACAGCUCCUGGGGGAUGUCGAGGACUACCUGCGGACACCUGCCUGGGUCCCCGACUUCGUGGAGAAGUUCCUGGCCAUCGCCGAGAACUGCCGGCAGUUCCUGGAUGCGUAUCGCAGCCGCCUUGUCACGGAGCGGCGGCCAUUUGCGGUGCCGGUCCAGGAUCUCGGGGUGGAGUGCAGCGGGCUCCAGGACCUGCGUUCGGAGCCCCGCUGUUUGCAGCGCGAGCUCCUCAGUUUAGAAGCGGACGCGGCCAAGGCGGCGGCAGAGAUCCGCACGGAUGCGGCAGACUUCGGGGCCUGGCGCAGACUGCUGCCGUGGCUGUCGGCAAUGGGACUGCGCGACCUGGAGCUGAUGGCCUUUCUGCGGGAGGCAGAGCUUUGGCACAUGCCAGCGGCCCGGCCGCAGCUUCUCCGCAGCGCCCAGCUCCUCCGCUGGGCCCGCGGCGAAUUGCUGCGGCGCCUUGCGCCGUGA